AUGGUUUCGUUCAAGUUUCUCCUCCUCGCGACGGCGGCUGUGACUGCCGUCCUCGGACGCCCCUUUGACUUCCUUGACGAGGUGGACGAUGGCAACUCAACCGAGGUUCUCGAGAGGCGCCAGGUCACGCCAAACAGCGAGGGCACGCACAACGGCUACUUCUACUCGUUCUGGUCCGAUGGAGGCGGUCGUGUCCAAUACACCAUGGGCGCGGGCAGCCGUUACUCGGUGAGCUGGAGCAACGUCGGCAACUUUGUGGGUGGCAAGGGUUGGAACCCUGGCAAUGGCCGUACCAUCAACUACGGCGGCUCCUUCAGCCCCAACGGUAACGGUUACCUGGCCGUCUACGGCUGGACUCGCAACCCUCUGGUCGAGUACUACGUGGUCGAAUCCUACGGUACCUACAACCCCAGCAGCGGAGGUCAGUACAAGGGCACCGUCACGACCGACGGCGGCACCUACGACGUCUACGUCUCUACCCGCUACAACCAGCCUUCCAUCGACGGCACAAGGACCUUUCAGCAGUACUGGUCUGUGCGCCAAGGCAAACGUGUGGGAGGCUCCGUCAACAUGCAGAACCACUUCAACGCCUGGGCUAGGUAUGGCUUGAACCUCGGCACGCACUACUACCAGAUCGUGGCCACCGAGGGCUACCAGAGCAGCGGCUCCUCCGACAUCUACGUUCAGACCUCGUGGUAA